AUGGACCUAGCACAUGGGGCUUUGGUCGUGACUCUCCUUGUGAUAAUCGGUGUAACGACAAGUUUUGUCAAGAAGAAAGCGCGAAGACAACACCCUUUACCUCCAGGUCCGAAGCCCCUGCCCAUAAUUGGCAACUUGCAUCGCAUGAACACCGACUUUCCUUGGAUCACAUACAAAAAAUGGAGUGAUAUCUAUGGCGACAUUACAUACUCUCGUAUCCUCAACCAGGAUGUCAUCAUCUUGAACUCUGUGGACGUAGCACGAGCGAUUCUUGAGAAACGCUCAAGCAAUUAUUCUGACAGACCCCGUAUUGCAUUUAGGACGGUUAUGCGAGGCUACGGUGAUGCUUGGCGUAGGCACAGACGAAUAUACCACCAAGCCUUUCGCCCUGAAGCCGCUGUGAUCUACAGACCUAUGCAGCUUCGCAAGGCGCAUCAGCUCUUGGUCGGGCUUCUCCAAGACCCCGCUAAUUAUGAACUGCAUUUGGAGACGCACUCGGCAUCCAUCGUCAUGUCCGCUGUUUAUGACUACGACACGAAGCCCAAUGAUCCCCUUGUUUCCAUGAUUCGGGGGGCAAUGGAUAUAAUUAUUCAUGCAGAGACUCCAGACAAGGCGGCUAUCAUUGAUUCCUAUCCUGCCUUGACCUUAAUCCCUGCCUGGUUCCCUGGAGCAUCAUUCAAACGUCAUGCUUUGGAACUGAAGAGCGUGCUCAAGGAUAUGGUUGAGAAACCAUUUCAAUAUGCACUUGACAGAAUCUCCUCUGGGCUGUCUGGCCCUUCCUUGGUCUCCGAAGGACUCGCACGAUUUCAGGGCGACGCAUUGUUUGAGUUGGCGAUUAAAGAAUCCAGUGCAACUGCAUUCGGGGGUUGGUUUCACCUAUACUCCUCAUGUAACACUCAUUCGGCCCUACUCGUCUUCAUACAAGCGAUGGUUCUCAAUCCAGAAGCCCAGAAACGUGCUCAAGCCGAAAUUGAUCGUGUCGUAGGAUCUGACAGACUCCCUGACUUUGGUGAUCGCGUUUCUAUGCCAUACAUUGAAGCUGUCCUGCGCGAAACACUGAGGUUCUAUCCGAUUGCACCUCUCGGCGUACCCCACUCUGCUGUUAACGACGACGUGUAUGAAGGAUACUUUAUCCCGAAAGGUGCCACUAUCCUGACGAAUAUAUGGGCGAUGACACAUGACGCAAUCAAAUACCCCGCUCCAUUUGAAUUCAAGCCCGAACGAUUCUUCACAUCCUCUGGCAACCUGAAUGACGACCACGUCACUCCCGUUUGGGGAUGGGGCCGACGCAUAUGUGUGGGGCGUUACCUUGCAGACGCAAGUCUAUGGUCUGCGAUUGCUUCCAUGCUCGCUGUCUUCGAUUUCUUGAAAGCGACGGAUGAAAACGGAAAAGAUAUCGAUUUUGAACCUCGCUGGACCCCCGGAAUUGCGUCGCGUCCCGUGAACUUCCCGUGUCGGAUCACCCCCCGACGUGACACAGACAUAGAGAAGCUAACAGUCAUUGAUUAG